AUGGCGCUCCGCCAGCAACUCACGUUAUCCUUCGUCAUCGACGACACGAACGACCUGCAUACUCACACCGUCAUUUUUCUUCAUCGCUUCCCAGAGUCCACCACCGAUGAGCAGCUCCACGAAAAAGUCCUCUGCCAAAAACUGACCAAGAACCACAAGACCCUGCGCGAGCAGUUCCCCACCAUCCGCUGGGUGUUUCCCUUCGCAAAAGCCACGGCUCGCCCGUGGAACAACCUCACGCCGGAAGAUAGGGCUGCCGUCGGCAUGACCUUGGGCGCCAUGCCCUACAUCACGCAGGUCAUCCUCCACGAGGCCAAGCGCGCGCGCGGCCUCGAUCGCAUCAUUCUCGGCGGCCAGGGCGAGACUGCCGAGGCAGCUCACGAAGCUAUGUCCUCCUUCCCCGAGUGCAGGACUGACAAUGUCGAUGAUGUUGCUGUUUUUGUCGAGAAAUACUUUCACCCCGCCUGGACCGAACUCACCCAGCUGAAGCUCGCGGGAUUCGUCGGUAUGCACGCGCAAGACGGUGAGAUGACCCGCGACGUCAAGAACCUGGGCAUCGUGUCGAAGCAGGCCGAUGGUAAGCAGAAGGUGAACACCAACAUCGUCGUCAACACGCCUCAUCGGUUUAUCCAUGGCGGCUACAAGCUGCAGACUAAGACCUGGGAUGGUAAGCGCAUCGACGACUUCGCCAAGUUCCUCGACGAUAUCGGCGUGUUCCGCAUUCCCGACGAGGAGAAGGGCAGCAAAGAGACACUUACACCCAAGGACCGCGAGCCAGUCAAGAAGUGGGAUCCCAGGGAGAACCUCAACGAUGUGCAGAAGCAUGCUCUCGAGGUAGAGGAGCAGAAGAAGGCCAACAACGCGCUGAGGGAGAAGAUCCUUGUUCGCAUCGAAGCUGACAAGGUUGAACGCAAGCUUCUCCAGGAGAGGCAGAGACAACGACGGAUGUUUGCGCAGGAGGCCCAGGAGAACCCACGGUCUCAGUUUACGGGUUCGGUGAACAUGCUUGGAGGACCCGUCAACCGGAACGAAAGCCUGUCAGCCUCAGGUCAGUUGCUUGAUCUUCCUGACACAUACCAGCCGUACUCCGAUGAGGAGUCUUCUGACAUCUCCAUGUCUGAUCAGGAGGACGGUUAUGAUGAGCCCGCCACAUCACCCGAGUCUAACGACCCGACUAGUGAUCAUGAACAGGAGGAGGAGCCCAGCAUGAGUCAAAGAGAGAAGGCCAGGCAAGGCAGGAAGGUCGACGAUGGCAAACACUGGAGUCCUCGUGUUCAUGGAGAAAUGACUCCUGGCCAGAUGAAGGCAUUGGGGCUUCUGGAUUUCGAGGAUUCGGGGGAAGAACAGUUUUUGUUUGACACUUCUUCGAACUAG